AUGACUUCUUUUACAUAUGGCACAUCUUCGCUAUGGGCUGUCGGGAUAGCUACAAUUGCUGCUCUGCUACUUACAGCGUACCCGUUCAUCGUCAGGCUCCAGCCUGACCGGCGAAAUGCACGCGCAGACGGCCUUGAUAUCAUCUACGAUCCAUCAGAAAAUAAACCUACAGGUAACCUUCAAUUCGAAAUUGUCGCUGUCCACGGCCUUGGUGCGCAUCCUGAUCACACUUGGGAGGGUAAAAAAGACCAGGCCAAGGUUCACCUCCUCCGAAAUUUGCUCCCAGAGGCUUUCCCAACUGCAAGAAUUCUAUCCUUUUCUUACAACUCCGACUGGCUAGUAGAUGCCCCCGAGAAGACGGCACAGCAAGUUGGUUAUAGAUUAGCGGAGAUACUUGCCAAACAUCGAGCCGGAGCUUUGCGCCUUCCUAUUAUCUUCAUUGGGCAUAGUUUUGGCGGUAUCGUUAUUAAAGAAGCCCUCUGCGCGUCAUACUCGUCUCCGAAUACGCUAGCGGAUACGUGCGGUAUUAUCUUUCUUGGAACCCCUCAUCAAGGGUCAUCAUUAUCAGCUGCGGGAGCUCUCCUGAGCAAGCUGACCGGCUUCCUUGGCUCCAACACGGCUUUGCUCCUGUCCUUGCGAGGCAAUCACAACCGGCUUUCAGACCUAGAAGAUCGUUUUCGCUAUGUUCUUAGCAACGAGAAGAUUGCGUCGUUUUAUGAGACAAAGCCCACAUAUUAUCUAGGUCUCGCUGUUGGCUGUAUUGUCGAUAGAGAAUCAGCCAGAGGCUUUUCAAGAAGCCCGGUUGGCAUAGACACCAAUCAUUCUGGGCUCAAUAAGUUCAGCCACCCUAAGGAUCCUGGAUUCCAAGUACUCAAGGCCGCUAUCGAGGAAUUCCGAGCUAAGCCCCUCAUCAAGCAAGCAGACGACUUCUUGUUUGAGAAGCACUAUAACAGCGAAAAGCUCAAGAUCCAGAGGCUGUCGGGAGAGGAAUUAUUAAUGGACCAAUGCUAUAUAAAUCUUUCCAUCGUGGAGCAGGUCCAGAAGAAGACCCCCUCACAAGAUGAGUUGGAAACGAAAGCCUCAGCCCCAAGGUCCUCGCCAUUCUCACUUCUUGCGCGACUAAAGGUUGAGACGUCAGCAGAGCACAGUCAAGUCCAAUUGAAAGACAUUUUCAGUCAACGCAAAAGAUCCGAUGGGAUAGAAAUCUCACCCAGGAGGAUCUUGAUUCGCGGACGUGCUGGGGUGGGUAAGACUACCCUAUGUAAGAAGAUGGUGCAUGAUUUUGUCAGGAGUGGCAUGUGGCGCGACCUAUUCGACCGUGUGCUCUGGGUACCUUUGAGGAACUUGAAGGAGCGACCAGCCCCCGGUUAUAACCUCGAGAGCCUCUUCUUCGACGAGUUCUUUCGGCCUCGAGGAAAUAGGUCGGGGGAGCUCUUCGCUGAGGAGACCAGAAAGGCGCUGAAGGACGAUCGAACGCUGUUUAUCCUUGACGGUUGGGAUGAAGUGGAUCGUAUUGCUAACGCCGGCUCUAAUAUGUCCUGUUUUCUACGCGAAUUACUUCAUCAACCCAAUAUCAUUAUCACCUCGCGGCCGUCUGCUAGUGUUCCUAUUCCGGACCAGCAGCCAAUUCACCUAGAGCUAGAAACAAUUGGAUUCAACCCGACUCAAGUGGACGAAUAUAUCGAAGUAACGCACGUUAAAACGGACACCAGGAAGGUGGAUGAAAUAAAAACUUUCCUUCAAAGCCACGAGCUUAUCAGAAGUCUCGUCAGAAUUCCGAUACAGCUAGAUGCACUCUGUUACUGCUGGAACGAUUUUAAGGGCAACCGAGGAAACUCGCCGGAGACUAUAACCACGCUAUACGAGGCGAUACAAACGAGUUUAUGGAAAAAGGAUAUCUGGCGGCUUGAAAAGAAGCAUGAGGGGGAAAGAAUCGAAGCCAUUGACUUGAAGAAUGCUGGUCAACUUAGUGUCGAAAGACAUGUUAAGGCCGAGGCUAGUUUUCUCGAGCACCUCGCUUUCGCUGGGUUAGUUGCCGACAAAUUGGAAUUCGAGUCGGAGUACCGAGACAUGAUCAAUGAAUAUGCGACCAGCAGCAGUUCAGAUCUUAUGCUGGAUAAAACGCUGCCUUGCCUCUCAUUUCUACGAAGCUCAGACCCAUCGGUCCAGCCUAUUCACCAGAGCUAUCAUUUUAUCCACUUGACAUUUCAGGAAUAUUUUGCCGCACGCCACUUUGUGCAACACUGGAAUCACCGCCAACCUUUCAAGCAGCACCUAUCUGGUCAACAGAGUGGUAGGGAUAUAACUCCUGUCGAGUUUUUUAAGAGACAUAAAUACGACACACAGUACAACGUUAUGUGGCGUUUUGUGGCUGGGCUGCUGGACAAAGAGAAGAACGCGAGUAAUUUCUUUGAAGAAAUUGAGAAAGAGCCGAUCGACCUUCUGGGACCUACCCACCAACGGUUAAUCAUGUACUGCUUAAACGAGGCACUUGAAUUACCAACUGGGCUUCGAGAUCAGAGGGGAAAAAGACUAUUACAAUGGGUAUUAUUUGAGAGGGACUUCACAGGAUCAUCAACAUUUAUAAGUGAACCAGAGAUUCCAGAACAAGUAUUGAAUAGCGCCUUGAGUGCUUCUGGAGACAAAACCCGCUUCUUGGACGCUUUGCGCCGUUCUCAAAGGUACUUAUCAGACUCGACGUUAUCGAACACAACCACGGCCGCCCUUAUCGGACUCCUCAAGGACGAGGACAGUAACGUACGAUAUUUCGCCGCUAAAGCCCUAGGUAACCAGUCGACAUUAUCGAACACAACCAUAGCCGCCCUUAUCGGACUCCUCAAGGACGAGGACAGCAAUGUACGAUCUUCCGUCGCUAGAGCCCUGGGCAAGCAGUCGACGUUAUCAGACAGCAUACUAGAUGCAAUAGGAAUACCUAUCCAGGUAAAAGCACAAACUAAUUCGGGAAUCCCCAUUUUUCGUCGUUCUCGAGAUAUAGAGCUAUUGUAUGAAAGCCUCUUGCAGCGCAGCUUUAACGAGCAUUUUAGUCUUUAUAUUGAUAGAGAUAUCUUCAUUCUUAACCAGGCGCCUGGACUUAGAAUGGCAACCUUGGAGGAUCAAUCUCUGUUUCAGAUGGCAGUAAAGCAGGGGCGAAAACAUUUGGAGAAGAGCAAUUUCUACAGUUUAUGGAGUAAACCUGACGAACAGGAUAGUCGUUAA